AUGUCUAGUUGGAUUAAGGGUAUGGAGAAGCUAAUGUGGAUAGUCGCAAUUGUGAGAAGAGCGGGCGACGAUGUCUUUAUGGAAGAAGCGCCCGAUAAUGCACCACCAGUCAGUCUUGUGUACAGUUUUCCGGAACUGCAAGCGACGAAACUACCGCCACAAGAGAUAUUUUUCCUCCAAUAUCUCACGACUUUCAGCCGGGAAUUUCAGUUUCUCGACAACAAAUAUUCUGCUUGGAUGCGCAAAAUCCCGACACUUGUUGGCGAGCAUAGAUUUGUCCUGGAUGCUACUUUGGGGCUGUCUGCGGCUCAUCAUAGUCUGGCAAAAUCGGAACCAGACUCAGCUCAGCUUGCGUUGUAUUAUCGAGGACGUGGUUUGAAAGGACUCCAAGAUGCCUUGGGCAACUUUUCAGAAAGUAAUGCUGAUGCUGUACUUGCUGCCUCGAUUCUUUUGACUUGGUACAUGUGUGACUGGAAAGAAUGGUCUUCCCUGACCCACGGAAUCCGAGCAAUACAAACGACCAUGCAACCAUACGCUGAGCGAUCUGCAUUCCUCGCUCUAAUUGAAGAACAAGCCAUCAUCCCAGAAGAGCUUCUACCUGCACCUUCAACUACUACCGAGUCCUUACCACCGGGACCAUGCGACAUAGCAGCAUUGGACGAGCUUCUUGAAAGACUUGAACACGUUCAAAUUUAUUUAUCCCAGUACCCUGAUGAGGCUGAGAUAAAGCUCAUACGUCAGAUUAUCGAUUUUGCAAAAAUGUUGAAGAGUAAGAUUCCUAUGACAUCUACGCACGAUCAAUUCGAAUCAUCCAGGAUGUUACGGGUCGCUUUAGUGCAAGUUCCUACCACCAUGCUCCAACGAAUCCGAAGGAAUCCGAGGACGAUAGUGGUUGUAUGCUAUUUCUAUGCUACUGCACUUGCAGUUGCGCCAUUAUUUCCCGCAAUGGGUGCCAUGUUCUUCGGGCAUCUAGCUCUGGCGCCAAUCACUGGACUUGCGCGAUAUAUGGAAGAUCAAAGAAAUGACCCAGUUGCAGCAAGAAAAUACAAUUGGGAUGAAGCAGCUGGAUAUAUGGCUUACGCUAUGGAGACCGUAAAACGAUUUCGGACACGGCUGGGUUGGUCGACACCCCCGUCACCUCUUUCGCCGACAUCUUAUACUACCCCGUCGCCGUCGACCGCUGGCUCUUAUGCCUCUCCAUUUCCGCAUGAACAUCCACCCGGUUGA